AUGCCAGCCAAGACGAACAAACAGAAGAAGGCAGCCAUCUAUGCCAGGGUUAGCUCUACCUCUCAGAAAGACGGAGCGGGAAUAUCGCGUCAGAAUGCGAGGUGCAAGGCUACAUGCAAGUCGAUUGGCGCCAAAGUGGCUUUGGAAGUAUCCGAAGUUGUGUCCGGGUCCCUGCCACUGAAACAGCGCAAGAUCUUCAACGAACUCAUGGAGAAAUGCAAGGACAAGGGUGUCUCCAAAAUCAUUGUCGAGGGAACCCGAGCAUUUUCGCGCAAUGCCCAAGUGUCCGAGACAAUCUACGAGAGAAGCAAGGAAUUGGGGCUCAACAUCAUCCCGGUGGAUGUCCCAGACUUGUUGGAACACAACCCCAACCCUGCGCAAAAGUUCUUGCGGCGAGUCAUGUUCUCCUACACGGAACUGGAGAAGGAUAUGGCAGUACAGCGGCUACAACAUGGGUGGAACCGAAAGCUCACUGAGGCAAAGAAGAAUCACAGAACAGGGCAGUGCAAAGCGCGCCUCAACCAAUCCGGCAAGGUCAAGAUCAAUGGACGCAAAAGCAUCGUGGAAACCAAGAGCCUCAGCGGCAAGCAACGAAGGCAACUCCUUGAACACACCAAACUCUACUUCAAUGGCGACGUGACGGUCAGAGAGCUCGCAAAGCACUUCUCUAAAGCCAUGAAGUUGACAAAGGUCAUGGCAGCAGAAACUGCUCGUCGCACAGCUCACUCUCUACAGAAGAAGUGA